AGAUAUCCCUUGCAUGAGAAGAGGGCUUAAAGAAGCAGAGUGAACCAUCAGAGCAACUGCAAGAGCACUGUCUCGUGAGUGCUUGGUGGGCUACAAAAAGAAAAGAUUCUCAUCUCUUCACUGUGCUGUUCAGUGCUGACUGCCCAUUUUCAGCUGUGGCAGACCAGGGGGCAGGACAAGGACAUUAACUCUCUAAGCCUGUUGUGUUUGAUGAGUGGGGACCGUGCACUGCAUGGAUGCCAAGCACAACCUUUACCUUAGGACACUCAUCCUACUCCCACCAUAUUCUCUCUCACCUGUUAGCCCCUAAACCCCUGUAACACCAGAGCUGCAGGAGCCAACCAUCUGCCACAUAUCUGCAUCCCAUAAAAAAUACCUGGAUAGAUUUGAGUCCCAGAGAUACCUGCUUGCUUAGUUUAUGGCCCUUGCUCACCCCAGAACAAAGUGGAACCAAGUGCAUGUCUCACUGAGAGAGGAGCACGUGGGUGGAGCAUGAGGAAGGAACAUCCAUUCUUGAGAGAGGAACAGGGGAAGGGAAUAAAAUAGGAGAAUAAGGAAACAAGGGACAGUACCAAGUGACAGUAAGACAGGGAGUGGGGGGGAAACAAAGGAAAAAAAGAAAAAGUGGAAGGCAUGUCCAAAGAGUGAAAAAGCAGGUAACAAAGAAGCAAAAGAGGGAAGAAGAGAUUUUGAAGUGACAGAAAAGGAGGGAUAGAAAGUAAAAGAGAGCUCUGCCCUUUCUGCCCUGCCCUUCCCUCCCCCCCCAUGGCAAUGUCUCUCAGAGGCCCCUUCUGUGCCUACUCCUUGUUUCCCACUAGAAGCAGAUGAGGUGGGAAGUGGUGGAUCCUUGGUGGACUCCCUGUGCAUGAUCCUCCUGCCUUGUCCUCAGCUUCCAAAGUGGGAGACAUGAUGCAGCGUGGUGGGGGCAGCAGCAUGGGGGACCCAUCUGAGUCCACCCUGCACAACAACUCGCUGUGGUGGCUGGCAUGUGGGAUGCUAGCCCUGUUGGCCAACUCCUGGAUCAUUCUGAGCAUCACAGCUAAGCAGCAGAAGCACAAGCCCUUGGAAUUGCUGCUCUGCUUCCUUGCUGGAACUCACAUCCUCAUGGCGGCUGUGCCCCUCACCACCUACGCUGUGGUGCAGCUGCGGCGUGAGUCCUCUGACUAUGACUGGAACGAGAGUAUCUGCAAGGUUUUUGUCUCCACAUACUACACCCUGGCUCUGGCCACCUGCUUCACCGUUGCCUCCUUGUCCUACCACCGUAUGUGGAUGGUGAGGUGGCCAGUCAACUAUCGACUAAGCAAUGCCAAGAAGCAGGCUUUGCACGCGGUGAUGGGCAUCUGGAUGGUGUCGUUCAUCCUUUCCACCUUGCCCUCCAUUGGCUGGCACAACAACGGUGAACGUUAUUAUGCCAGGGGCUGCCAGUUCAUUGUCAGCAAGAUUGGGCUGGGCUUUGGUGUCUGCUUCAGCCUCCUGCUCCUGGGAGGAAUCGUCAUGGGUUUGGUGUGUGUGGGCAUCACCUUUUACCAGACCCUGUGGGCACAUCGAAGACGCCAGCGGUGCCAUCACCAACGGGCAGAGGAAGCCACUGCUUCCUGCUCUUCCUCAGGACACAAUACAUUCAAUGUGCCAGCCAUUGUGGUUGAGGACGUGAGGGGCAAGAGGAGGUCCUCCCUGGAUGGCUCUGAAUCAGCCAAGACCUCCAUGCAAAUGACCAACCUCAUUAGUGCAAUUGUCUUUCUCUAUGACACACUCACCGGGGUACCCAUCUUGGUGGUGAGUUUUUUCAGCCUGCGCUAUGACACUGCCCCCACCUGGAUGGUCCUUGCUGUACUCUGGUGCUCCAUGGUGCAGACCCUGCUGCUGCCCUCCUUCAUCUGGUCCUGUGAGCGGUAUCGGGCUGACCUCCGCACUGUGUGGGAGCAGUGUGUGGCCAUCAUGUCUGAGGAAGAUGGAGAUGAAGAUGGUGCCUGUGAGGAUUAUGGCGAUGGCAGGAUCUGCAAGGUGCGAUUUGAUGCCAAUGGAGCUGCAGCUGUGAAACGGGACCCCAGAGAGGUCAAGCUACUGCCCAUGCACCACAUGCUGCUCCCUCAAGACAAGGUGCAUUACCUGCAGGUCCCCAUCUCCCGAAGAAUGUCCCAUGAUGAGACAAACAUCUUCUCCCACCGCUCUGCUCCAUCUUUUCUUCACAAAUGGUCCUCGUCUGAUGACAUCCGAAUCUCCACCCCCCGCAAACCUGGCAGUCCUGGAUUCCUCCCUCCUGAACUGCGUGAUUACCACCACCGCCGGCGACCCCCUGAAGAUGAGCUGACCACACUCCGGCAGUUCCUGGAGGGGGGGCUGGGCCCCCGAGGGGCUGGCUCCAGCGCCUGCUUUUUCCGGGAUGAGAUCACUACCUUCAUUGAUGAGACACCACAGCCCUCCCCUGCCUGUAGUCCACGGCACUCAUGCCUCCAGCUAAUGCCACGCCAUGACAGUCACCACUGUCUGGGAGGUGGCAUGGAGGAGGAGGGCUCUGACUGGGCACAGCACUGUUUGCUGAUUGGCAGUGAAGCCUGGCAUCUGCAGGACGGAGAGCAGGCACUACAUGAAAGGACCCUUGGGGCCUGUGAGGCACAAGCCUUCCAGGAUCCCAAACUAUAAGAGACAGUGUCAGAGACAUUCAGUGCCAUCAGGAUUUUUAAAUAAAUAACUUUAAACGUUCCCCUAGUCCCAGAUCCUAACAGAUAAUUUAUGUUCACAUCUCUGUUUCCAGCUGACAGAAAGGAAAUGGUGCCCUUGGUUUAUGCUGACCUGGUAGGGGCAAAGAAGUGUGACAGGCCUAUGGGAGGGAGCCAUGGACAUUAGCAGUCGGUGCCUGUUCUCAGGUUAUAAACAGGACCACAGCUUUGUCGCCCCCUUGUUAACUCCACCCCCUCAUUAGCCUCACCCUUGCAUUAGCUCUGCCCCAUCACAGGAAAUACUCCUGGAGCUACGGCAGACAGAGGAUGGUAUUAAAAUUCUA